AUGCAGAUUUUUGUGAAGACGCUCACUGGCAAGACCAUCACUCUUGAGGUCGAAUCCUCUGAUACCAUCGAUAACGUCAAGGCCAAGAUCCAAGACAAGGAGGGUAUUCCACCUGACCAGCAGCGUCUCAUUUUUGCUGGCAAGCAGCUUGAGGAUGGUCGAACUCUCUCCGACUACAACAUUCAGAAGGAGUCUACCCUUCACUUGGUCCUGCGUCUCCGUGGAGGCAUGCAGAUCUUCGUCAAGACCCUCACGGGAAAGACGAUCACGUUGGAGGUGGAGUCUUCUGACACCAUCGACAAUGUGAAGGCGAAGAUCCAGGAUAAGGAGGGCAUCCCCCCUGACCAACAACGCCUCAUUUUCGCCGGCAAGCAGCUUGAAGACGGACGUACUCUUUCCGACUACAACAUCCAGAAGGAGUCCACCCUUCACCUCGUUCUCCGUCUACGUGGCGGUAUGCAGAUCUUCGUCAAGACCCUCACGGGCAAGACCAUCACGCUGGAGGUGGAGUCCUCUGACACCAUUGACAACGUCAAGGCGAAGAUUCAAGACAAGGAGGGUAUCCCUCCCGAUCAGCAGCGCCUCAUUUUCGCAGGCAAGCAGCUCGAAGACGGUCGCACUCUUUCCGACUACAACAUUCAGAAGGAGUCUACCCUCCAUCUCGUUCUCCGUCUUCGUGGUGGUAUGCAGAUCUUCGUCAAGACCCUCACGGGUAAGACGAUCACAUUAGAGGUGGAGUCAUCAGACACCAUCGACAAUGUCAAGGCGAAGAUUCAGGACAAGGAGGGUAUCCCACCGGACCAGCAGCGUCUGAUCUUUGCUGGCAAGCAGUUGGAAGACGGUCGCACCUUGUCGGAUUACAACAUUCAGAAGGAGAGCACCCUUCACCUUGUGCUCCGUCUUCGUGGUGGUCUUUAG